GACGAGCUGCUGCGGGACCUGCUCCCAGGGCCUGUGACCCUGGUCCUGACGCGUUCAGAGGAGCUCAAUAAAGACCUGAACCCCUUCACCUCGCUGGUUGGUGUUCGUGUUCCGAACCACCCGUUCGUUAGGGAGCUGGCGCGAGCGUGCUCUGGACCCCUGGCUUUGACCAGCGCCAAUGUCAGCUGCCAGGCCAGCACCCUGACCGUUGCGGAGUUCCAGGACCUGUGGCCUCAGCUGUCCCUGGUCAUCGAUGGAGGCCCAACAGGGGACGUCCAGAGCCCCGAGUGCCGCUUGGGGUCGACUGUGGUGGACUUGUCUGUGCCGGGGAAGUUCACCAUCAUUCGUCCUGGCUGUGCACUGACAGCGACAGUUGACAUCCUGAGACAGAAAUACGGCUUG